AUGAUAAACGACCACCCAAUUCAGCCACUCCCUCAAGAUGUGGCCGCCAAGAUCAGGUCCUCAACGUUGAUCACGCAUUUGAAUGGCGUCGUCUUGGAGCUUGUCAAAAAUGCGCUGGACGCAAACGCACAGUGCAUCUUUGUAACUGUUGACUACCGACGGGGUGGAUGCGUGGUUGAAGACGAUGGGGAGGGAAUCGCACCAGCGGAGUUUGAACCCGGUGGCGGGCUAGGGAAGGCUCAUCAUACAUCUAGGUUCGGUACGUCGAGUUCCUACGGCAGAAAAGGCUGCUUCCUGGCUUCUCUAUCGGCGCUCUCAUUGUUGACCAUCACUUCACACCAUUACCGCCAUGCAAGCACAAAUACUGUCAUGUUCCACCACGCACACCCGAUUGCGCGACUCUUUCCAGCCCCGAGGCAUCAUAGGUUGAAGUUUAGCGACCAUGGAACGCGGGUCACUGCCAACGACCUUUUUGGAAAUAUGCCGGUUCGCGUGAAGAGCCGCGCCCUGGCAUUGCAAAAGCCAGAUCAGCUUGACCACCAGUGGGAUGAUCUGAAGCAACUUCUCGUCGCCCUCAUGAUCUCUAAUGAUAGGCUUCAGAAGCUGUCCGUCUCGGAGACGGAUAAGGAACGAAAGUUCACUAUCCGCCCUCGCCAUGAUCCUCUUGCUGGCGAUUUGGAUCUAACGCGACUCAGCUCAAUCCUUUCCCAGGCUGGUUUGGUCGACGCUGCAAGAAUGCAGAAAUGGCAUUAUGUUUCUGCAGCCGUUCCCCAACUGACGAUUCACGCUGCACUGUCACUUGUUCCGAGCCCUUCCAAGAAGGUCCAGUUCAUCUCCUUGGGAGCUGAGCCUGUGUUUUCGCAAAGUCAGGCGAACAUACUGUACAGCGAGGCAAACCGGCUAUUUUCCCAUUCAGAUUUUGGGACGACCGGGAAUGUGCCCUCAAGCCAUGGAUCUGGGAUUGAGGAGCGACCCCGGUCUCCGGCUGUGAACAAAUGGCCCAUGUUCUAUAUUCAAAUAGGUUCGGUUGGAACUAUAGGCAGUGAUGAGGAACUACCAGAGUCGGACAAAUCACUUCAACGUAUACUGGAUAUUAUCGGACUGAUGAUCAACGAGUUCCUGAAAGAGCAUAAACUGCGCCCGCGGGGCGGGAGGACACAGCGCCAGGCCUUUGAAGAAGAGGCUUCCGUAUGCUCACAAGCAGUGGGAAAGCACUAUUCAAACUCCAGCUCUGAGUUGUCGGAAAGGCAAUUCAAGCUUCCGUCAUCUUCCCGUCCAGGUCCAGGUGGUCAUUUUGGGGCCUGGUCCCGAGUCAAGAGAUCAAGCAGCCAUAUUAAUGGUUCAACAGAAGUGAAAUCUGUCUCACCUUGUCUACCAACUGCUGAAAAUACAACUAGUGCUUCGCUAGCGGUCCAGGAGCAUUUACUUUUGGAGAGUGUGGCAGACGACAAUCUUACGCCGCGGACGCGGGAGAUGUCCGUGGACUCUGCGCUUCAAGACCAUGAUAGGAUUCCCUGGAUUGACUCAUAUACAGGAGCACAAGAUUCGAUCAAUUCCCUGGCUGAUAGUUACGUCAGUGUUCGCCCAUCGGCUGCAUUAGCGCUCGCCAAACGGCCAAAAACGACCGGAUUUCUCCUCGCGCCGGUCUUGGAUAUGCACAAGCGGCCGGCAUCUGCCAUACCAGAAUUACGAGAUACUUGGUUGGGAAACGAUAACAGGAAACGCCCGAUUUUUGGCCGUUCCGAACGACAGAUAAACGCUCUAGAACCUAAUUCAGAGUGCCCUCACGCGGAAUCACACAACUUUCACGGAUACCGCGGACUGGAUAACCUUGGGUUGUCAAAGUACAGUGGGAAGCUUCAUAAAUGCGACCUACAGACCGCACGAGUCAUCGGCCAAGUUGAUCAAAAGUUUAUCCUGGUAGAAAUCCCUGACGCGAACGCAUCAACUCUUGUUCUUAUCGAUCAACACGCAGCAGAUGAGCGGUGUCGGAUCGAACGCUUAUACAGCGGCUUUUUCAAUGGCUCCGAGGUGCAGACGAUUGAGGUGGAGCCGAUAGUCAUUGCCAUACCACCUGUUGAGACAUCGCUCUUUAGACAGCAGGCAGAAUUCUUCCAGUCAUGGGGCAUUGAGUAUAUGAUAGGGCAUGCCUCAGAAAGCGGCAAGGCCUCGAUAUCUGUGUCAGCACUCCCUACUCUUAUCGCAGAACGCUGCCGGGCAGAACCUGAGCAGCUGAUUGGCAUCCUCCGUGCUGAAAUCUGGAAACGGACUGAAGAGCGCCCGCAGACCUUUAAUGCUAAGGGGACUGAUUCUGCAGAAGAUUGGGUCCGGCAGAUAGCAGGUUGUCCUCAGGGUAUUCGUGACAUGCUUAAUUCGCGCGCGUGUCGAACCGCGAUCAUGUUCAACGACGUCCUGAGCGUGGAUGAGUGCAGGACCCUAGUCAGUCGCUUGGCUAGCUGUGUCUUUCCUUUCCAGUGCGCGCAUGGCCGGCCUUCGAUGGUGCCUCUGGUGGAAUACCCUGGAACCGAUGAGGGAAGGGGUAGUACAGAUGAACGCGAGGCGGAUUCUGGCUUCACCGAGGCCUUCAGACGGUGGCAGUCAACAUGUCAGUGAUCACUGCUAGUACUUUCGUGAGCAUUAUAUCCGCCUAUCAAUCGGGUACAGUUCUCAUAUGAUUUUUAUAUGUUUCUUGGCAUACGUA